AUGGGUGCCAAGCAAAGGAAUAGUGUCUAUGUGACCAUACUCUGCCGCCACCUCACAAACUUGGAGAAGCUGGUCUUACACUUGCCGGGUGGUGCUCCUCAUGCUCACCACCUUGGCUCAAGUCGCGGUAUGACCGCCUCACUGACAGGUCAAAUCCAUAGUACCUGGCAGCAACAAGUUUUUAGACGUAGACUAUGUAAGAAACGACCUUUUGAUGGCUGUGCAAAACAUUUGACAGGCAUGAUCCAUCAGGCCAAGGUAAAAGCUGCAAUUGAAACUCAAGCACAAAGCGCUAUCCCUGUGGUUGGUCUGCUUCCCGAUGAUCACAGAUUGGUAGGCGCAAUUGAAGGAUGGAAUGAACUUGAAAAUGAAAUACCCAUACCUCACCCAGAACAAUAG